CACAGAAGUGUCACCAAAGGGGAACUAGAUUUGAAUUGCAUAAUUGAAUUUUGUAUUUAUCUUUAUUAAUAAUAUUUUAAUGAUAUCUUUAUGAAUAAAAGUCACUCUUAUUUUCCAUAUAUUUGAAACUAAAAGCAUGGAACUACCCCGAAAAAUAAUUGGUUCUUUGAGCCAAUUCUGGAAGAUCAAUGUGUAAGCGAUUUUAGAGUGGCCUAAUUUAUCCCUCGCUAAGUUAGGGAAAUAAUUUUAUUGCACAUUUUGUUUGAUUUAGUUUAGACCUUAAACAGCUGUUUAUUCUGUAGAAAAGCUUGUUUUUGUUAGUAUUAGUUUAGAAAAAGGAAGACAUAGACGUGAGUCCAAAGCCACCACAACACAACAAUGCGAGUACCCAAAGCACUUAAUCCAAGACUCCAAAAGCAGCUUUUAUUAAGAUUUGGAGUAUACGAAAAGGUAUAUCCCGUUGAGACAACUCCGAGCAGAACAGUCCCAGACCACAUUGAGAAGCCGGAGUAUGUAUUACAGAAACAGCCAAUGGUGUUGCCAGACAAAGCGGAAGUUAAAGAUGUCAAUCAGUUGCGUGGAAUGAGAAGAAGUUGCAAGCUGGCUGCUAAUAUAUUAGCUCAUGUUCAGAAGAAUAUCUAUCCAGGAAUAACUACAGACGAAAUAGAUGGACUGGUACACAAGUUAACAGUGGAAGCCGGAGCAUAUCCAUCCCCAUUGCAUUAUAAAGGCUUUCCAAAAAGCGUGUGCACCUCUGUGAACAAUGUAGCAGUACAUGGCAUACCCGACCUGAGGCCGCUACAGGAUGGUGACAUUAUUAAUGUUGAUAUAACGGUUUUCUUUAAAGGGUUCCACGGAGACUGUUCUAAGACCUUUCCUGUUGGAAAAGUUGAUGACCGAGGAUUAGAGCUUAUCAGCGUUACGGAAGAGUGCCUCAAUAUUGCAAUCAAAACUUGUGGUCCAGAGGUGCCAUUUAGCGAAAUAGGAGCAUCGAUAUUUAGACAUUCAAAAAGAAAUGGGCUGACAGUGCUGCCUGCUUUCAUAGGCCACGGUAUUGGCCGAUAUUUCCAUGGCCCCCCAGACAUUUACCACACACUAAACCGUUACCCCGGCCGGAUGAGGCCAGGUAUGACCUUCACCAUCGAGCCCGUGUUGUCGCACGGUAGCAAGCACACGCUGAUACUGCCCGAUGGGUGGACGGUGGUCACAGAAGACGGGGCUAGGAGCGCUCAAGCGGAACAUACAGUUCUAGUCACUGAGGAUGGUGCCGAGAUCCUUACCAAGUAGUGCAAUAUUUUUGUUGAUUUAUUAAUGUUAUGUACUCACCAGCUCACCACUCUUGCCUAUAGAUAGGCAAAGAAAUAGUACAGUCCACACGCGAGCUCCGAGGAAUCGAAAUGAAGGCCCGCCGGUCGGGUCGGCUCUCGCGUCAGAUGGUCCCUAUGAACCUUUGACAGUUCCUUCGUCUCCUUUAAUUGGGACCUUAUUUUAAUAUGUAUAUAUAUAUAUAUAUAUAUAUAUAUAUAUAUAUACAUAUUACUGUACUUUAAUUAAAUGUUAAUAAUAUUUCUAAACAAACGAAUAUCCAAAACUUCCAAAAAAAUGUCUACAAACAUUUUACGUGACAGCUACUCCAUAUAAAAAUUAACUGUCAUAGUUACCAUCUUUCGAUGCGAGAAGUUUGAUUCUCGGGAGUUCUCGCGCGGUAAUGAACGAUGACCUACCGCGAACCAUUUCUUUCGUAAUCGUUCGUUCGUCUAUUUGUCUCUCAAAUAGGUACCUAUGCAAGGGUGAUAGAGAUAACGAAAAUUUAAUUUUCGCCGUAGGCCCUCUGUACUCAUAGUACCUGAACUGUUAAAUUUGACAGUGAGAUUUGCACAAAGACGAGAGGUCUGAAAUGUAUGUUGAAAUUAGGUUAAUAUAUGAUACCAAAACUGGCAAUAAAUCAUACCAAUUAUUUUAGUGCAAUUGUAAGAAUGUAGUUGUACUUUGUUACCUAUAUAUACUUGUUGUAUGCCUACGUAGCAUUCAUAGCCAAUUUUAUGUAAAUAAAACCACAAAGAUUAG